AUGUCAAAUUACGAAGACUUAGUUGUGCACAGCACAUUGUGUAACCAGCCCUCGGAACAAAUGGUCUCUGCACUACGAAACAUCGAAAAAGCAGUACUCGAAAUACGGGAAGAAAUGACGCGCCUUCUGCCGCAAGAUAAUUUGCAGAACAAGGGGCAGCAAGUAAUCCGGCGCCUCGAAAUUAUCUCGUUGUCAUUUUACGUUUCAAUUCUUGCUCUAAGUGCAUUUCUCUUUUUCUAUCACGAUUGGUACUGCGCAAUUGGUCACAAUCCUUGCGGACAAGCAAACUUGAAAUGCCCGUGGAUGAAGCCAACUCCCCAACACCAGACCUGCUUCUGA